AUGGUGACUACCGUGAUGAACAAGCAAGUGAUACUGAGGGAUUACGUGAAGGAUUCCCCUAAAGAGUCUGAUCUUGUGAUAGUUUCCAACACCGUGGAGCUCAAAGUUAAGUCCGGAUCAUCGACUAUUCUGGUGAAGAAUCUUUACUUGUCUUGUGACCCUUACAUGGGGAUUCUCAUGAGAGAACCAAAUUCUUCGACUAUGGCACUUUUGGAUGCUUACGUCCCUGGAAAGCCUCUAGUUGGAGUUGGAGUGUCUAAGGUGAUAGAUUCUGAUGAUCCAGCUUUUGCGAAAGGCGAUUAUGUUUCGGCAGUGGUUGACUGGGAAGAAUAUACUACAAUUAAAACGCCCAUUAUAUCCAAAAUUGACGUUAAUAUCAAUGUUCCUCUCUCCUACUACACUGGACUCCUAGGAAUGGCAGGUUUGACUGCUUAUGCCGGCUUUUUCGAGAUCUGUUCACCUAAGAAGGGAGAAACAGUCUUUGUCUCUGCGGCUUCUGGUGCGGUUGGUCAUCUCGUGGGCCAGUUUGCAAAGUUGAUGGGCUGCUAUGUUGUUGGAAGUGCUGGAAGUAAACAAAAGGUCGAUCUCUUGGUGAACAAACUUGGUUUCGAUGAUGCAUUCAAUUACAAGGAAGAGCCUGACCUUGACUCCGCCUUGAAGAGAUGUUUCCCAAAGGGCAUUGACAUAUACUUUGAGAACGUGGGAGGCAAAAUGCUUGACGCGGUGCUACUGAACAUGAAAAAGUAUGGCAGAAUCUCUGUGUGCGGGAUGAUCUCUCAAUAUCAUCUCGAAACCAGAGAUAGAGUACACAAUCUACCUGACAUCAUGUUCAAGAGGAUAAGGAUGCAAGGGUUUGUUUGUGGGGACUUUCAAGAUCGAUUUCCCAAGUUUUUGGAGUAUGUGCUUCCUUACAUAAAAGAAGGGAAGUUAAAUUACGUGGAAGACAUCGUCAAAGGACUCGAUAACGGUCCUGCUGCUCUUGUAGGACUCUACCAUGGAAAAAACUUUGGGAAACAAGUUCUCGAGGGGGAAAAGAUAAACCCUAAAUUCAUCAAUUCCUCAGAUUUUUCGAGACUACACACCUCCUUUGGAUCUACAGGGGAACCGCAGAUUCGACUAGCCAUGGGGAUUUUGUCGUGGUUCUCGGGAAGUCCUAAGCCUUCGCAACCCGAGACGUCGAAAACCGAGAUAAUUCAGGCGCCGAAAUCGGAAACUCCGGCUCCGGGGAUGAACGGAGCCAUAGAAGUUCCUCGGCCUGAACGCGCGACGGUUUUCGAGUUCGGUUCUGUGGCGGCGACUGGAGACAGAGUCACUCUCGCCGGAUACUGCCCCGUUUCCGAAGAUCUCGAACCUUGCCGCUGGGAGAUUCUUCCCGCCGACGGGAAAGACGCGCCGCAGUUUCGCGUCGUCUUCUGAAGAAAUCAGAGCAUGCGUUUAUCAUCUAUUCCCAGGCUGAGUUUCUAGAAGAUGUAACUUGUUCAAUCUCUUCCUCGAGUAAUUGUAUUGGUCAAUCAUCGCUCUUCAUAUCUUUAUAAAAUGUACAAUUUUGUA